CCAUUGCAAGGUCAAAGCCGGAAGCUUCUCGCUGUUAUAUCCACCCCAAAACUCAGUUCUUUCCUUACCCCCGCUAUAAACUUCCCCAACCACACCCAGCGCUCUCACUGGCGCAAGUCCGCACCUCAACCUCAUCACCACACCACAACCCAACCAACAUGGACGAACCACUCACGGAUCUCCGAGGCCCACUAGCCGCCAAAUACACUGCUUCUACCGAUUACAGCAAAAUUGCAGACAAGCUUGAGGUCCCUCAUGUCGCACAGGAUGUUCACGAGGUUGCGACCUUAAUCAACGGGCUCGAGAAUGGCGCCAAGAAAAAGACCAGCUUUAAAGUGAAAAAAACGACUUACGAAGUUACCCAGUCGCGUGAUCACAUCCGUGUCGACUCGUGGCGCUUCCAUGAUUGGGACUACAAGAAACAUGACCUACCCACAUAUGCCCGCGGUCUCUUCACCACCAGACACAAGGACGGAACACCUGAGAUUACCACCCGUGGCUACGACAAGUUCUUCAACGUCGACGAGGUCACGGAGACCAAGUGGGAAAACAUCAGGACCAGGACGCGGGGUCCCUACGAAUUGACGCUGAAGGAGAACGGCUGCAUCAUCUUCGUCAGUGGUCUUGCCGACGACACAUUGCUCGUCUGCAGCAAACACUCGACUGGCGACCGUAGUGAUGUCGAAACCAGUCAUGCCAGCGCUGGCGAGCGCAGGUUGGAGGAGCAGUUGGCACGCAUUGGUAAGACAAAGGCCGAUCUUGCACGGGAGUUGAGGAGACGGAACGUCACGGCUGUGGCAGAACUCUGCGACGACAGCUUUGAGGAGCACAUUCUGGCGUACGGACCCGACAAGGCGGGCCUGUAUUUGCAUGGCAUGAACCUCAACCUUCCCGAAUUCAUGACUUACCCCUCGCCUGUCGUUCAGAAAUUCGCAGAGGACUGGGGCUUCAUCAAAACCGGCCUGAUCGUCAUUGAUACUAUCGACGAGGUCAAGGCUUUCCUUGAGGAGGUAGCUGAAAGUGGCGCCCACGAUGGCCGCGAUGUAGAGGGUUUUGUCAUUCGCUGCAAGAUGUCUUACCAGCCUGGGCAGCAGCCCUUCCAGGAUUGGUUCUUCAAGUACAAGUUCGAAGAGCCCUAUCUAAUGUAUCGACAGUGGCGUGAGUGCACCAAGGCCAUCAUCGCAGGAAAGCCGCCAAAGUUCAAGAAGCACGUCAAAAUUACCGAGGAGUAUCUUCUCUACGCUCGUCAGCGUCUAGCUGGUGAUCGGGAGCUGGCCAAGCGCUACAACCAAAACCACGGGAUUAUUGCUCUCCGAAACGAUUUUCUCGCUUUCAAAAACCUCAAGGGUUCCGACGCUGCCAACUUCGAGGCCUUGCAUGGGGGAGGAGCUGCCGCUGACGUUGAGAGCGAUAUCAUCCUGGUCCCGAUUGCCACCAUCGGCUGCGGAAAGACAACUGUUGGUCUUGCUCUCACUCACUUGUUUGGCUGGGGUCACGUCCAAAACGACAACAUCACCGGUAAAGCCCGGCCGCCUCGCUUUACCAAGGCUCUUCUCGACAUUCUUGACGAAGGUGUCCCCGCAGUCUAUGCCGACCGCAACAAUGCGCAAAAGCAUGAGCGUAAGCAGCUCAUCACCGACGUCAAGAUACAGCACGCCCGCGCCCGGCUUGUGGCGCUCCACUUCGUUCACAAUAAUCUCGAAAAAGUCCGCGAGGUUUGCCGGGAUCGUGUCUUUGCACGAGGUGAUAAUCAUCAAACCAUCCAGGCCGCCUCAGAUAUGAACAAGGUUCGUGGCAUCAUGGAGGGAUUCAUCAACCGCUUCGAGCCUUGCGACCCAGAACAGAAGCCUGACUCUGAAUUCGACGAUAUCAUCGACCUUGAUCCUUCGGCAGGAAGCAGACAAAACCUGGAGACUGUCAUCAAGGAGCUCCAUCGCAUGUACCCCAAGUUCAUGCCCAACAUCCCCUCUGCAGCAGAAAUGGACGAAGCCAUCCAAUAUGCCCUCGAAGGCUACAAGCCUGAUUUGCGUCACGUCAUCCCCGACCGUAGUACCAAGAACAAGAACCAGCCUAAGCAGAACGGUCAGCAGCAACAGCAGAAGCAGAAAAAGAGACCCCUGGAGUACAUGUCCGUCGACAUGACGACCAAGGAUGUGCUUAACACCCUUGAGAAGGCGUUUGCCGCUGCUGGCUCGGAGCAAUCCCGCUUUUUCAAGCAGCUCCAGGGCACUCGCCGCGUACAACCCAAAUUCCACGUCACUUUGAUACACAGGGCUGGUGCCAAGGAGAAUCCGCAGCUCUGGGAUAGAUAUCUGCGCAUGAACGAGCUUGAAGGACCCAACUUUCCAGACGGGAAGCUCGGAGAGAUCGACGUCCAGCUUGAGCGUGUGGUUUAUGACGACCGUAUCAUGGCUAUCGUGGUUCGCUUGAUCCCCAGACCCGGGGACGAACACGCCAAUCCCGAUAGCAGUGAGCCUGCAGAGCCAAAGUGGAAGUGCACAAACCGUGUUGCGCAUAUUACGGUUGGAACGAGAGAUGAUAGUGUCAAGCCAAGGGAGAGCAAUGACUUGCUUGUCAAGUGGUUGGAGCAUGGUACGGGAGCGGAGACCGGAAUCUACGACCUGUUGAUCGAUGGUAAGCCCACGUUGCAGGGAGUUGUCAGGGGGGUUCUCUCGAGAUAGGAGACCGAAGGGGCUUCAUCAUUGGCAACCAAUGACCAUAAUUCCCAUCGGCGCCGUGGACGUGGACAUGGACAUGGGCAUGGACGUGGUCGAGGCGGUGGUGGCCACGGUCGGGGUAGAGGGUCACAUAGGGGCAGGGGGCAUUGACGUUACUUGUAGGAAUCUGUUAGACGCAGGAUGAUGUUCACGAAAUAUGUCUUGGGGAAAAUCAUAGCUUUACGUACAACGGCGGGAACGAAAAGACGACGGAAGGAGAGCAGAUUUGGGGCUUUCGAAACCAAAAUAUGCAAUAUAGCCAGGCUUGUAGCCUUCUCAUCACCACAAUUACAUAUCCACAUCUGUACUUAACCAGACAACAAGACCAUAACACUGGCACUUUAUGCGCUGAAGCUAUUCGUAACCUCCACAAACUUGGCCCACUGCCUCGCCGCUUCUCCGCUCUUGAUAGCCCAUCUCGCCCUCCUAAUACCCUCCUUCCAACG